AUGGAUGAACAAGAAGAAACUUGGUAUAUGGAUGACUAUGAAGAAGAACUACUUGAGGAGAUAGACGAGGAAGAAGGAGACAAUGAUCUGUCGGGAAACUAUUUAGAUAAUCUAGAAACUAUUGAAGGGGAUGAUGAUUAUGAAGAUGUUUUAUUCGAGAAUGCAUUAUCCAUAAAGUCUAUAUCGUCAGAAAUAUUAUCAUGCACUACACCAGUUUUGAAACAAGCCUAUUGGUUACUGAUUUUGAUACUUGUUUCAUGUCUUCUAUGGCGUAUCGUACAAUUUGUACUGAACAAAUGUUUCCCUUCAAACGGGAAAAUUUGCCGCACAUUUGUCACAAUAAUCCUCCAUAUAUUUUCCAUUUGUCUUGGUUUAUUAGUUUUAUAUUAUGCUUCAUAUGAUCUGUGGUGGAUUGUUAUUGGCCUUAUAAUUAUCUUAACACUAUUAUUUACCUUAAAUAUUAACUCUGAUAUUUCUAAUUCACAUGGGAAAUAUACUAAUUGGGAAUUAUUUGUAACAAUUGGAAUUUGUUCAUCUGUUCAGUUAUACUGCGAGUUUAACAAAAAUCCUGUUAAAUGGCAUCAAAUUCGUGGUAGUAUAAUGAUAAUUAUUAUGAAAUGUAUAUCUUUUUCUAUGGAAAAUAAAAAUUUUUAUAAAAUGAUCAAUAAAGAGCCUUGCUGCAUAUUACUGUGGACACCAUUAUAUCGUGGAUUACUUUGGUUAUCUUAUUGUCUGUGUCCAGCUAGUUUAUUGUUUGGUCCAUGGUUUAAUCCGUUAAGAUAUGAAGAAAUGAUUAGAAACUAUGCUGUUAAUGAUAGACCUUUUUCUUUAAAAAAUACUAUAAUUUCACUUUUUCAAACAGUUAAAUUAUUUGGGCUAUCUUUGUUAUAUUUAACUUAUUCGACUUGUUUCUCUCAUACACUGGCUUCGAUAUUGAAAUUUCAACCUUGGCUCCAUGCUUAUUUUGCAUCACAAAGUUUCCGUUUCAGUCAUUAUUUCGUAUGUAUAUCAAGUGAAUCGUCCAUGACAGCUUUAGGAUAUUAUGAUAAAUAUUCAAUAAAAUCAAACAAACAAGAAAAUACUGAGAAGAAAGACAAUUCAAAAGUUGUAUACAAACCUAUUGUGGUGACUCGUCCAUUGUUCAUUGAACUUCCUCGAUCGUUAGUGGAAGUUGUUAUUUACUGGAAUUUGCCAAUGCAUACUUGGUUAAAACAAUAUGUAUACAAGCCGUUACGUCCAUAUGGACAUGUGUAUGCUAUAUUGGGAACCUAUACAGCUAGUUCAUUAUUACAUGGUUUGAAUUUUCAACUUAGCGCUGUUUUAUUUUCUAUUGGAAUCUAUGCAUAUAUUGAAUAUGUCUUUCGGGAAAAAUUGGCCAAAAUUCUAGAUGCGUGUAUUGCCAGUCGUCCAUGUCCUGAAUCCUGUUGUCAUAGUAACAAGAAUUCAUUCUGGGUAUAUUGGUGCAACGUAGCCUUCAGUUGUUUGGCUAUAUUUCAUUUGGCUUAUUUAGCUGUAAUGUUUGAUACGAGUGAACAGCAAUUUAAGGGCUAUAAUAUGUGGCAUACUAUGGAUAAAUGGUACAAUUUAGGAUUUCUCAGUCAUAUUGUAGCCUUUGCAAAUUUCUUAUUUUAUUUAUAUUUAUAA